GCCGAGGCGGGACCAUUCAUAGGCCGGGCGACAAAAUGACUAAUUCCCUUGAAAAUUGUAAAUUGAUUUUGAUUUGGCUAAUCCUAUUUCUAAACUGAUACGCAUCAAACAGAAUGCAAAGACUCUUUCUCUGCAUUUUUUGACCCCUUUCUUUCUUUUUUGGUUUCUUUUUCUUUUUCUUUUUCUUAAACCUCCCAAUCCAUUCCAUUCCAUCUCUCUCUCUCUAUAUAUUAAACCCUUCCGAUCUUACCAUUCCAUCAUCUCCUAUUCGUUUUUUUGCUCUCUGUUUUUGUGCCUCUUGUCACCAAUUCAAUCGAGAUAUAUCAACAAAACAGAAGCAAACAAGGCAAUGGAAUUAUCUGACGGUGACCGCAAGGUUUCUAAUGAUGGUGCCAUUUUAGACGAACACUUCCGCAACGAUUUUCCAGCAGAAAUGAAUUCCGAUGUUAAACACCACCAGCAGCACCAACAACAACAAGAAGAUGAUGAUGAAGAUUCAGGACCAAAAAUAUCGGACCAUCAGGAUACUCACGUGCCUGAGAUAUCGGAAACCAUGAGCUGUCACGUGUCGAAAGAAGAGGACGUAGCCGUUACAAACAAUAUUACUCAUUUACAAAUAAUCCAACCUCACUCCCUGCUUCCAAAGCCAGAGGUACCUCCAGGCCUUUUCUCUAACCAAAACGCCGAUCCUUUUACCCGAUUCAAAUCCUUACCGGACAGUUUAACUGUCGAUAUGCCGUCUCUCGGGAAGUUCUUUAAAGACAGAAGCAAUAGUUUAUCAGCCUCCAUUGCUAAUCGGUUCUCAUCUUUCAAAAACAAUAACAAUACCAAUGAUGAUCACCAGAUGAACAAGGUCACAGAGUUCAGCAUAUCGGGACUCAAAGUGAUAGUCAAGCUCAAGAACGAACGCGAUUUUGAAUUUAUUAAAGGAAGGAUUACUUUCUUCUCCAGGUCGAAUUGCAGAGAUUGCACUGCUGUUCGGUCCUUUUUCAGAGAGAAAAGAUUGAAGUUCGUCGAGAUUAACAUCGAUGUGUUUCCGCUCAGAGAAAAUGAGCUAAUCCAAAGAACAGGAAAUUCUCAAGUGCCUCAGAUUUUCUUCAAUGAUAAGCUAUUUGGCGGCUUAGUCGCCUUGAAUUCCUUGAGAAACAGCGGAGGUUUUGACCACAGGUUGAAGGAGAUGCUAGGGAGUAAAUGUUCGGGCGAUGCUCCUGCACCUCCUGUUUAUGGCUUUGAUGACCCGGAGGAAGAAGCAAUUGAUGAGAUGGUGGAGAUCGUAAGGCUUCUGAGGCAAAGAUUGCCAAUUCAGGACCGUCUAAUGAAGAUGAAGAUUGUGAAGAAUUGCUUUGCUGGUUCACAGAUGGUGGAGGUGCUGAUUCAGCACCUGGAUUGCGCCAGAAAGAAGGCUGUUGAAAUUGGCAAGCAGCUGGCAAAGAAGCACUUUAUUCAUCAUGUCUUCGGGGAAAAUGAUUUUGAAGAUGGAAACCACUUUUAUCGUUUUCUUGAGCACCAACCAUUCAUUCCCAAAUGCUACAACUUUCGAGGAUCUAUAAAUGAUAGUGAACCCAAGUCAGCAAUUAAGGUUGGCCAGAGGCUCAACAAGAUAAUGUCUGCAAUACUCGAGUCAUAUGCCUCUGACGAUAGGUGUCAUGUUGAUUAUGCCGGCAUCAGCAAGAGUGAGGAAUUUCGAAGAUAUGUAAAUUUGGUUCAGGAUCUUCAUAGGGUUGAUCUACUUGAACUCUCGACAAAUGAGAAACUGGCCUUCUUCUUGAACUUGCAUAAUGCCAUGGUCAUCCAUGCUGUGAUUAGAGUAGGGUGUCCAGAAGGGGUAAUUGACAGGAGAUCAUUCUUUUCAGACUUCCAAUAUAUUGUAGGAGGCUCUCCUUACUCUCUCAACGUAAUAAAGAAUGGAAUCCUCAGAAACAAUCGAAGAUCUCCCUACUCACUGGUCAAGCCUUUUGGUGCUGGAGACAGGCGCUUGGAGCAGAUAGCUGUUCAGAAAGUGAAUCCACUGGUUCAUUUUGGAUUAUGCAAUGGAACAAGGUCAAGUCCCACUGUCAGAUUUUUCACAGCCCAAGGAGUUGAAGCUGAAUUGAAAUAUGCUGCAAGGGAAUUCUUCCAAAGAAGUGGAAUGGAGGUGGACUUGGAAAAGCGGACAGUUCACCUUACACGGAUCGUAAAGUGGUCCAACGCGGACUUCGGCCAAGAGAAAGAAAUUCUCAGGUGGAUGAUUAAUUACUUGGAUGCAACUAAAGCAGGUCUACUUACACAUCUUCUGGGAGAUGGGGGCCCUAUCAAUAUCGUGUACCAAAAUUAUGACUGGUCUGUCAACUCCUGAUUACCACACACUAAUUUUGAGAGGGAUUGGAUUGCAUUACUCUGGGACUGGCUAAUCUGUACAUAAUGCCCAAAAUUUGAAGCCAUCAACUAGCCAAGAUAGGAAAUUAUUGAUUUACAAGCAAUACGGAACCUUCUGUUUUCUUC